CAACAGGCUUUGAUUCUACAAGGAAUAUUUUAUUAUCUCCACUAGGAAAAAGUUGGGAGGUUUCGUAUCAAUAAUUCUACGGGUACAGCAGUAUCAAUUGGGAUCUGUAUUUCCCUUUCCUCUGUAGCUUCGGUUCAUGCCCUAGCCCUUGCUACAGCAGUCAACAGAGAAGAAGAAUUGAAGACUUUUACUACUCAGUACUAAUGGAGAAACAAAGAGAUAUGGAUUGGUGGGUUUCAAUGCCAAAGAUUGAACUACAUGCCCAUCUCAAUGGUUCUGUCAGAAGCUCCACUCUGCUGGAGCUUGCUAAAGGUUUGGGUGAAAAGGGUACUAUAGUUUUCUCGGAUGUAGAGCAGGCUAUCCUAAAGAGUGAUCGUAGCCUUCGCGAAGUGUUCAAGUUGUUUGACCUGAUCCACUUGGUUACUACGGACCUCCAAACUGUUACAAGAAUUACUAAAGAAGUUGUCGAGGACUUUGCUGCAGAGAAUGUUGUUUACUUGGAGUUAAGAACUACUCCGAAGAAAAAUGAUUUGAAAGGGAUGAGCAAGCAGUCUUAUAUGGAAGCAGUGUUGAAGGGUCUGAGGGAUGUCACUACAGUUGAAGUUGAUCUUGCUCCUCAGGAUUUGGGCAUGGGAAAUCCUGUGAAUUCUGGUGGCAGUGGCAAUUUAUGUAAUGGAACUGCAAGAAAGCAGAAGAUAUAUGUUAGACUUCUUCUCAGCAUUGACCGUCGUGAGACUACUGAUUCUGCAAUGGAAACUGUUAAGCUUGCACUGGAAAUGAGGCAUUUGGGUGUAACCGGUAUCGACCUUUCUGGAAAUCCUAUCGUGGGCGAAUGGGCAACUUUUUUACCAGCUUUACAGUUUGCUAGGGAGGAAGGUCUCUCUAUAACUCUUCAUUGUGGUGAGGUACCUAAUACGGAGGAAAUCCAAUCAAUGCUAGACUUUCUUCCGGGGAGGAUUGGCCAUGCUUGUUGCUUUGGAGAAGAAGAAUGGAGAAAGUUGAAAUCUAGCAAGAUACCGGUUGAGAUAUGCUUGACAUCCAAUAUCUGCACUGAAACAAUCUCUUCCUUUGAUCUUCAUCAUUUUGCUGAUCUGCAUGAAGCAAAUCAUCCAAUAGUCCUGUGCACUGACGAUACAGGGGUAUUUUCUACCAGUCUUUCUCGCGAGUACGCCCUUGCAUCUUCCACGUUCGGUCUUGGAAGAAGUAAUAUGUUUCAGCUUGCCCAGAAUGCCAUUGACUUUGUAUUUGCUGAUGACGUGGUGAAGACGGAACUCAGAGAGAUUUUUUAUUCCGCUGAAACAAAGCUGGAUUUCUGAUAGUUUUUGAGCUGGAUUCUGAUGUUAAAAAGUACCACAACCCCUUCUAGGGUGUAAUCUUAGCUACUUUCCGCCGACCAAUUGGGCAAUCACCAUGACACUGUGUUCAUUGCUUCUGCAAAAAGGGGAAAAAUUCGCUUACUAAUACAUGUUAGAUGGUUCCUUUGAUCAUUAUGCUGAUUGUAUGAGAUUGAGAAAGUUGUAUGUUAGGGGUUUGUCCUGGAGGCAUGAUGUAGGGCAGCAACUUUUUAUCUUCUUUUCUAAAUUAUGUCUGGCUGAAUUCCUCAUUGUUGUCCUAUGGUGAAGCAAAAGUUUUGUGGGACUCUGUCAAUAUUAUGGACUUGAAUUCUAAGGGUCUCUAGGUA